AUGCCUGGCCUCGUCCGGCGUGGGCGAAAGCGCCCCUCGCCUGAAGAACCAGACGAAUCAUCCGACUCCGACCUCCCCACGCCCGUCUCUGUGAACGGCAAACGCGCUCGUUACAGCCGUGACGCGUCUGGCACUCGCAACCACGCACACGCCCAAAACUUCUCGGCCAACGGCGCAUACGCGGAGGAUGUAUUUCAACCUGGCUCGAUCGUGCGAGUCAAACUCAAGAACUUCGUCACCUACACCGCUGCUGAGUUCCAUCUGGGGCCCAGCCUGAACAUGGUUAUCGGACCAAACGGAACGGGAAAGAGCACGCUCGUGUGCGCAAUCUGUUUGGGGCUGGGAUGGUCAUCCGACAACCUGGGAAGAGCCAAGGAGCUGAGUGCGUUCGUCAAGCAUGGCGCUGCUGAAGCCGAGAUCGAGAUCGAACUGGCCAGAGCAGGAGACAUGCGGACAAAUCCAGUCGUGACCCGCAUCUUGCGCAGGGAGGACAACAAGACAGUGUUCCUCCUCAACGGAAAGCACUCUACCAAGGCUGCUGUUAUGGACCUGUGUAAUCGUUUUGCUAUCCAGAUCGACAACCUUUGUCAAUUUUUGCCUCAGGACCGGGUCGUCGAGUUCGCCAAGAUGAAAGAUACUGAGCGACUACGGGCGACUCUGGGUGCUGCAGCCCGUCCGGAAAUGAGCGAGUGGCACAACCAACUCAAGGUCCUGCGCGAAGAGGAAAAGGACCUUGGGGCCAAGCGGCACGACGAUGAUGAACAUCUCAAGCAGCUCCAAGCCCUGCAGAAUACUACACGGGGCGAUGUCGAAAGAUGGAACCAGCGUCAGGAGCUUGCAAUCAAGUCGGAAGCCCUCGAGAAAGUCCGGCCUAUUAUUGAAUUGAGGCUGCGCAAGUCGGAAUAUAAAAAGGUCAAGGAUGACUUCCAAGCAGCGAAGCGGGGGCUGGAUGAGCUGAACAACGAGGUAGAGCCCAUCAGGCAAGCUGGGGCAGCAGCGCAGACUUAUCAUGAUCAAGUCAACCAAGUCGUCCAGCGACGCAAGCAGAUGAUGGAUAUGGUCAAGAAGCAGGCAGAGAAAAAAGCCCAGGCGAUCAGCACAGAAAAACAGGUCAUUGAUGGAUUUCAAGGUCAAAUCACUGGUGAAAUGCGUUCUAAGCAAGGCCGUCAGCAGGACAUAGCUCGCUUCACCAAGAAGGUCUCCGAUCUCGAGCGGAAGCGACAUGAACGACCCGUCGAUUACGAUCAAGCAGCAUAUCAGCAGCGCAAGGACGAAUUGCGACAGGAGUAUUCAUCGGCCGAACGUCGCAUAACAGAUCUGAGAGGCAUCAUGUCGUCCAUCCAAGCUCGAGUCCAGGAUUUCAAAGCUCAGAGAACAGCGGUUCAGCAACAGCGAGACCGACUCGACACUCAGAGCGGCAAGCAAAGCAGUCUGCUACAGAAGAUCUCUCCUGAGACAGCCAAGGCCUGGGAAUGGUUCGAGGCGAACAAAGCGCAACUGCCUCUCAAGGGCGAAGUCUAUGGACCUCCAAUCUUGAAGUGCCGAAUCACAGACCCUAAAUAUGCAGACGCUGUGGACAGUCAGAUGAGAUUAGGCGAUGUUGUGGCCAUGACGUGCACCAACAAUGACGAUCAGAGGCUCUUACUUCGUGAAAUGACUGGCAAGGAUAAGCUUGGGCUACACGGCAUUUACCUCAGGACGUCGCCCAAGCCGUUGUCUUCCUACCAGUCACCUGUGGCUGCAUCGGAUCUUGCCCAAUACGGAUUCGAGGGCUACCUUCGCGACUACAUUACAGGGCCCGACCCAGUCAUUGCGAUGCUCUGCGACAACGUGAGACUGAACAGGGUUGCUUUUGCCUCAAAGGCCAUCACUGAUCAGCAGCACGCCGCUGCGUCGAACAGCCCGAUUCAGGCAUGGGUCAGCGGCAGGGAAGUAUACAGAAUUACCACACGAAAGGAGUACGGCGUGUCGUCCACUGCAGUCAACCAUCUCAAGCAGGGACGGUUCUUCGUCGAUCAACCCGUCAACUCGGAUGAGAAAUUGCGUCUCGACGAACAAUUGCAGGAGCUGAAUCGUGAAGGCAACGCAAUGGCAGCACAGCAUACCGAGGCCAAGGCCGAGCUCAACCAGCUUCUUGAGAAGAACAAGGCAGUGAAAGAACAGAAGGAUGAUAUAGUGAGAGAGGAGACUGCCAUACGAAAGGCUGUUGCGGAAUGGGAAGCCCUUCCUCGUAUGAUUGAUCAGAACAAGAACGAGUUGCAGCAGUACAUUGACUUGAACGCACAAACAAGCGACCGAAUCCGGGAGAUCAAGGCCCAGUCACGACUGUGUUCGCUCAAGAUUGCUAACCUCACUCUGGAGUAUGCCAAAUCUGUCACCGAGUUCCGUCGCCUUCACGAGAAUUUUGUCGAGGCUGAAAUCCGUCUGAUCGAAGCUGCGUCGGAAGUCAGAGCGCUCGAAAAGGAGAACAAGUUGGUCCUAGAGCGACUCCGAUCAAAACAAGUGCUGGUCGCUCAGCUGGAGCAGAUGGCUAACACUAUGAAAGAAGAGGUUCGACAAGCUCACGUCAGGACUCAGGCGCUACUGGAUGACUGCACAGGGGAGGAAAAACAGAUUGUGCUUUCGUACAAGGACCUCCCAAGCGUCGCAGAGCUGGACGACGAGAUCCAGUCGGUCAAUGCUCGACUCGAAAUGAUGUCUGGAGGUAGCGCUCAGGCUGUCAAGACAUACGAAACCCGCGAGCAACUAAUCCGAAAGACACAAGACUCUCUGGACAAGCAUGCCGCAGCCUUGAGGGAGGCGCAAGACAAGAUCAAAUCCAUCAAAGAUCCGUUUGAGAAGGAAUUGGAUGCACUCAUCGCGAAAAUCAGCGAUGCAUUCGCACACAACUUCGCACAGAUUGGCUGCGCUGGGGAGGUCUCGGUGUACAAGGAUGAUGACGACUUCAACGCCUGGUCCAUUCAGAUUUCAGUUCGCUUCCGCGAGGGCGAGUCCAUGUCCGUCCUCAACGCUAAUCGUCAAUCGGGUGGUGAGCGCGCCGUCUCGACCAUCUUCUACCUUAUGGCCCUGCAAGACCUUGCACAGGCACCGUUCCGCGUCGUCGACGAGAUCAACCAGGGCAUGGACCCGCGCAACGAGCGCAUGGUGCACGAGCGGAUGGUUGACAUCGCUUGUCAAGAGCGUACGAGCCAAUAUUUUCUCAUCACACCGAAGUUGCUCUCGGGUUUGAAAUUCCAUCCAAAGAUGAAGGUCCACAUCAUCAACAGCGGUGAGCAUAUCCCGAAGAGUACGACUACAAAGGACGAGUGGAACCUCAAGGACAUGGCAAAGGUUGCGCUUGCGGUCAGGGGACGUGUUAGUGCUGCUGCCUGA